CGAAAAAUGCAAGCAUGAACGAUGACUCGAAUUCGGGAAUUUCUAUAACCAGAAAGAAAGGACCCUGCCACCUGGUAUAAGUUUGAUUCUGCUCUUACGCAUGAGUUGACUCUUCCAUUCUCAUCAGAGCAUAUCAUGCCUUUGCAUUUUAUCCAGUUAUGACUGCACGAUGACUGUGAACUCCGCGAACGCAGAUCACAAUGUACCUCCCUCGUGGGAUACGUCUUCAGAUCUUUUCCUAGACUCUACCACCAAUGCAACCAAUGGCACCCUCGUCUACAACAUCCCGCGUCUCAUCAUUUCAAGCGCGCUGCUGCUGAUCAUCAUCAUGGCGGUUAUAUUUGGCAAUAUCCUGGUGCUUCUUGCAGUUCUUAUGGAAAGGAAGCUUCGCACCGUAACAAACUAUUUCAUUUUCAAUUUAGCAGUAGCUGAUCUCCUCUUGGGAACCCUUGUUCUUCCAUUUUCUGGAACCCUAGAGGUUAUCAGCUACUGGCCGUUUGGUCAAAAGUUUUGCGACGUGUGGGCGGCGGUCGAUGUCCUUUGCUGUACCGCGUCCAUUAUCAGUCUUUGCGUUAUCAGCAUUGACAGAUACAUUGGUGUUACAAGGCCACUGAAACAUAAACUCAUAGUCACACCGCGGAGGGCGCUGUUAGUGAUAGUCUUGGUGUGGAUAUUAUCUUUUGCCAUUGCAGUUGGGCCUUUGUUUGGGUGGAGACCAGACAAAGAUAAUCCUUUACAAUGCCCCCUUUCGGACUCAAUAGAUUAUGUCUUCUUUUCGGUCUCUGGGUCUUUCUACAUUCCAUUGAUUGUCAUCAUUGUCCUAUAUAUUCGCAUAUACCAAACUGUUUCUGGAGAAUACAAAAGUAGGCACAGCGGGAAGUCUCACGGCUCGCCAUCAACAAGCUCGGAUAAAGGUAGCCCAAAUGGGGUAGUACUGCGGAUGCAUAGGGGAAGUGUUCAGACGCCUCCUGGGCAUCAGCUGGUGAGACGACAGAAUUCAGCAAACAAUCUUCUAAGGCCUUCCAGAACUGCGUCACAAAGAUCAGUUACCUUCAAUCGCGAGAAGAAGGUGGCUAAAACACUCGGGAUAGUUGUCAGCGUCUUCUUCUUGUGUUGGUUUCCAUUUUUCUUCCUGCUUCCCUUAACUUCUGCCUGUACAAGUUGCUAUGUUCCGCCCCUGGCCUUCAACAUUUUCUUCUGGCUGGGCUAUUGUAACAGCUUCAUGAAUCCUCUGAUCUAUGCGGUGUCCAACAUGACGUUUCGAAGGGCGUUCAAGAAGAUCCUUUCAUGUCAGUACUGCCAGGAUUGUCCAUGUGGUCCAACUAGUGCACCGCGUAAGAUUUAUAGUUCUUCAAAUACACGCACUAGGACAAGAACCAGAGACAGCUUGCAGUAUAAUUCCGUACCCACUUGUAAUGAUUAUGACAUGAAAGGGCAGGAUGAGGUUCUUCAGGUCGUUGUUGGAAGAAGGGCGUCUUCUGCAUCAGAAGGCCACAUAGGAAAAGACGAGAUACAGGAGCUAUUGCCACGCUCAGCCUUGCGAAGAACGUUAUCAGAUGCAGGGAGGCCAGUGGACUGCAAAGUGCUGUAUGCACGGUUAGCUGCAGGUGCAGACGCCUCUCUCAGUACCAUUACAGAAGUCCAGGAACAGCCUGAACAUGAGGAGCAAGACUUUCAUGAACGUGGUCACAGAAUCUAUCACUUUUCCAGCAGUAGUGAAGAUUUAUCAUUGUGUUCAUCUCCAAGCCAUUCAUCACGAAACCCAGAGAGUUCCUCAGCCAGCGAAGGCGUGCAAGUCACUGGGCCUCGUGGUGCGAACCUCUUCGUCACUAAUGCUGUAAUAAAUCACACAGAGUCGGAUUCCACAGGAACGCCGAAACAUUGCAGUUCUGUUCAUAACAUUGAGACCCAAGAAAGUUUAGAAUCGAACACGAAAAAGAAUAAUAAUACUUUAAUUACAUGCAGACAGAGAGCAACGAGGGAAUUUAACAAUCGACAAGAUCCAAGUCGACUUAUUUCCAUAGAGACAUCUCUAUGAUCUUCAAGUCUUUACUAAUUCUAGCGACGCGCACUGUAAAACAAAAGAUAGGGGAUCCUUAUGUAGCUCAUACCUUGAAAAGGUGCAAGUUCUUUUGGAGAUUAAGUGUGCAAGAAAGUAUAGAAAAAUAGUUGAUCUUAAAUCAAGAGAAAUUAUAUUUUAAGAGUAUUUUAGUUUUCAAUAUCAUGCAUGUAAUGAUUAUUUUCUUAUUCACCGUGAUAAUUUAGGACCACGUAUUCAUUUCAGCCAAAUGUAAUUUGUCGAGUCUGCCAAAUAUGUACUGUCAUUUGGUGGUAAAUGGCACAAAGCGAACCUUUUGCGGGAAGUCACCAAAUUACCCCCGUCCCCUUCAAAAUCUGUCCAUAAAAAAUUAGACGUUAAAAAUAUUAUUUGUCAACUCAUUUUUAUAACAUCUUGGAUUUUGUUGUAAAGGUAAAAUGAUCAUUAGGAAUUAGAAGAGCCAAAACAUUAACUAAUUCCAAGGUAAUUUUUUUUUGGUCUCGCCUGCAUAGCAGAGUGCCUUUUCGACGGCGGCGUCAACAUGAAAUCC